UAUGUCGGUAGGCUCGUCUGACUCCGACGAGGAAUUCCAGUCGUAUUCGGAGAGGACCUUAGCUAUAAUUAAGCCGGAAGCCUAUGAAGAUACCGAGGCUAUUGAGAAUCAAAUUAGAAACCAUGGGUUCUCCAUACUGGCUAGACGAGAAGUACAUCUAACGCCGGAGCAAGCGGCGGAGUUGUACCGGGGGCACUAUGGCCGGCAGCACUUCCCACACCUCGUGGCUCAGAUGUCAAACGGGCCCAUCGUCGCGCUAGUCCUUGCCGCGCGCAACUGUAUACAGAAGUGGCGCAACCUUAUGGGACCUGCUAGGGUGGCGGAGGCGCAGGCAUAUUGGCCAGACAGCCUCCGCGCGUGCUAUGGCCGCCGCACUAAGUAUGGCGACUACUUUAACGCACUGCACGGGAGCAAGGAGCACGCGGAAGCCCUGCGAGAAAUACACUUCUUCUUUCCCAAUAUGAUCGUUGGGCCUUUACUUCGGCACACGCAAAUAAACGACUAUAUACAGAAGCAUUUGGCGCCUACUUUAGGGCCAGCUCUCGCAGCACUAGCUAGAGAAAGACCUGCAGAGCCGAUACUAUGGCUGGCGAACUAUUUGCACAGAAAUAACCCCAACGAACCAGAAAUGGGGCCACCGAGUCACGAAAUAAGAGAUGACUAUAGAUGCCAUACGCCUGUGCCUUCAGAAAUAUAGUAG